AUGUAUCCUGACAAGCCUUCUCCUCCAGUACGUGAAGCUGAAAUAGCAACCCCCUAUGGAGAGAAACACAUUGUUAGCCCACCAAUUCUCAUCUUGCCUUCAGUCAUUCCAACCGCUCUUGUUGUAUCGCGUUUCGACCGUCGAGUGCAGGACUCGCAUCCCCUUAAGGCUGCUGAGACCAGGACGAGAGAAGAGAGGAGCACAAAUGGGCUAGACGACAGACAAUUCGAGCGCUCCUCCCUACGGGAGAGGAACAAAAGCACCGUCAGGGAUGGGGAUCCAAAUGAUGAACCUGACAGGCCCAUCUCUGAUGGAAACAUUUUUCUAUACUGCAUACUAAAAGAUGCCACUCGACUGCCUCGGUUACAAAAAGUGACAGCUAAUUCAGCGCCGCCUUGCCAAGUGUGGCUGUUCUCUCUGAUUCAGGAGAGAGAUCAGGAGAGGUUGGCUCGAAAUGUGGGUACGCACGAUGAAGGCAUGACUGGGAGAUUUAUGAAUCAGACACAUGUAGGGGUACUACAGUAUUCCUUACGCUCGCGCCGACAGCCAUCUGAGAUGCCUACAGUGGAACAGAGGCUCGCAAAAAUGAAUUUGGGGGCAUUGAUACAGAGAAGAAAAAAAUUUCCGUUAUAUCCGAAUCGCUGCGCAAAUGUUUCGUCUUAA